AUGGCAACAAUACUACCAAGGUCUUUUGCACUGAAAUCAAACAACAACAAAAAAUACUUGCGCUACAUACAUCAACGUAUCGAGAAUCUUGAUGGGCUUGUGCAACUCUCCGAAGAGGAUGUUAAGAGCGAGUACGCAAGGUUCCAAAUGGAGCCGGCAGACAGCGGUUACGGAGGACUCGUGCAUAUCAAAUGCUGUUUCAACAACAAGUACUUGAGAAGGGCGAGCGAUCACCAGUACUGGAUUGUAGCUGGAGCUAACGAACCAGAGGAAGAUAAAAAACAUUGGUCCUGCACAUUAUUCGAGCCUGUGGUUGUCCAUUCAGACAACAAGGCAGUCUUCCGAUUACUCCACGUGCAACUCGGGCACUUUGUGACGUCAUUCACUGUUAACGACUUCAACCAGUGCCUCUUCGCAGAGAGAAACACCCCCAACCUCCACAACGAUAUGGAUGUGUACACAGUCGUCGACUUGGAACCGCUUGUACUACCGAGCCCUUUUGUGCUGCAAUCAAACAACAACAACAGGUACUUGCGCUACAUGCUUGAUCAAGAAAACAACAUUCAUCAGAUUCUCCAAUUCUCCGCACAGGAUCGUACGAGCGAGUUCGCACAGUUCCAAGUGGAGCGGGCAAACAGUAGGGACCACCAAAAUAAUCAUUACGUUCAUAUCAAAUGCUUGUACAACAACAAAUACUUGAGAAGGAUGGACAUAAACAGGUCAUUGAUCCUUGCUGCGGCUGACGAUCGAGAUGAAAACACAGGCAGAUGGACUUGCACAUUGUUCAAGCCUGAAAGUGUCGGACCAACCGGCAACAACCACAACAAUGUGCUCUGCCGACUACGCCAUGUGGCAACUGGCCUCUAUACAAAGCCAUUUGUUGACAACAGAUUAGAAUUACGCCUGGGCGAAGAAAACCCUGACCCCCAAGAAGUUGAUGUCUACACAGCAAUUCGCACCCAUACAUGA